CGGCGGCGGGAUGGGGCCGCGGGGCACCGGCGGCUGGGCCGGCCGCGCCGGGGCGCCGGCUCCCGGUCGGACGUGCCUCCUGCCGCUGCUGCUGUGCGCCGCGCUCCGGAGCCUGCGGGCCAGCCCCGGCAGCGAGGUGAAUUUGCUGGACUCACGUACAGUAAUGGGGGAUCUAGGAUGGAUAGCCUACCCAAAAAAUGGGUGGGAAGAAAUUGGUGAGGUGGAUGAAAACUACGCUCCGAUACACACAUACCAAGUAUGCAAGGUAAUGGAACAGAACCAGAACAACUGGCUUCUGACCAGCUGGAUCUCUAAUGAAGGGGCAUCCCGCAUCUUCAUCGAGCUCAAAUUCACCCUGAGGGACUGUAACAGCCUUCCAGGAGGACUGGGGACCUGCAAGGAGACUUUUAACAUGUAUUACUUCGAAUCAGAUGAUGAAGACGGGAGGAACAUCAAAGAAAACCAGUACAUCAAGAUCGAUACCAUUGCUGCUGAUGAGAGCUUCACGGAGUUAGACCUCGGCGACAGAGUAAUGAAGCUCAACACGGAGGUGAGGGACGUUGGGCCCCUGACAAAAAAGGGAUUUUACCUGGCUUUCCAGGACCUGGGUGCCUGCAUUGCCCUGGUCUCCGUGCGCGUGUACUACAAGAAAUGCCCGUCAGUGAUCCGCAACCUGGCCCGCUUCCCUGACACCAUCACGGGCGCGGACUCCUCGCAGCUCCUGGAGGUGUCGGGUGUCUGCAUCAACCACUCCGUGACUGAGGAGGCACCGAAGAUGCACUGCAGCGCUGAGGGGGAGUGGCUGGUGCCCAUCGGGAAGUGCCUGUGCAAGGCAGGGUACGAGGAGAAGAACAACACCUGCCAAGUAUGCAGACCUGGGUUCUUCAAAGCUUCACCCCACAGUCCAUCCUGCAGCAAAUGUCCCCCUCACAGCUACACACUUGAUGAAGCAUCCACAUCUUGCCUGUGUGAAGAACACUAUUUUAGGAAGGAAUCAGACCCACCUACAAUGGCCUGUACAAGACCCCCCUCUGCUCCUCGGAGUGCCAUCUCAAAUGUUAACGAGACUAGUGUCUUUCUGGAAUGGAUUCCCCCUGCCGAUACUGGUGGAAGGAAAGAUGUGUCUUAUUAUAUUGCAUGCAAGAAGUGCAGCUCACCCUCGGGUCUGUGUGAGGCGUGUGGCGGUCAUGUCAGGUACCUCCCCCAGCAAACCGGCCUGACAAACACCUCUGUCAUGAUGGUGGAUCUGCUUGCUCAUACAAACUAUACCUUUGAAAUUGAGGCAGUGAAUGGAGUGUCCGACCAGAGUCCCGGAGCCCGGCAGUUUGUGUCUGUAAAUGUAACCACAAACCAGGCAGCACCUUCUCCAGUCAGUACUGUGAAAAAAGGGAAGAUAACUAAAAAUAGCAUCUCCCUUUCCUGGCAGGAGCCAGAUCGACCCAAUGGCAUCAUCCUGGAAUAUGAAAUCAAAUAUUUUGAAAAGGACCAGGAGACAAGCUACACCAUCAUCAAGUCCAAGGAGACGACGAUUACGGCGGACGGCUUGAAGCCAGGCUCGGCGUACGUCUUCCAGAUCCGAGCGCGGACAGCUGCCGGCUAUGGGGGCUUCAGCCGAAGGUUCGAGUUCGAAACCAGCCCAGUGUCAGUAGCUGCAUCCAGCGACCAGAGCCAGAUUCCUAUAAUUGUUGUGUCUGUAACAGUGGGAGUCAUUCUGCUGGCUGUUGUUAUCGGUUUCCUUCUCAGCGGAAGGCGAUGUGGCUAUAGCAAGGCUAAGCAAGAUCCAGAAGAAGAAAAGAUGCAUUUCCAUAAUGGCCACAUUAAGCUGCCUGGAGUGAGGACCUAUGUUGACCCCCACACCUACGAGGACCCUAAUCAAGCUGUCCACGAGUUUGCUAAGGAAAUUGAAGCUUCAUGCAUAACCAUUGAAAGAGUUAUUGGAGCUGGUGAAUUUGGGGAAGUCUGCAGUGGGAGGCUGAAGCUGCAGGGAAAGCGUGAGUUUCCGGUGGCUAUCAAAACCCUGAAGGUGGGAUACACAGAGAAACAGAGAAGAGAUUUCUUGGGAGAGGCAAGCAUCAUGGGGCAGUUUGACCACCCCAACAUCAUCCACCUGGAAGGUGUUGUCACAAAAAGCAAACCAGUAAUGAUAGUGACUGAAUACAUGGAGAAUGGCUCUCUGGAUACAUUUUUAAAGAAGAAUGAUGGGCAGUUCACAGUCAUCCAGCUGGUGGGGAUGCUGCGAGGCAUCGCGUCAGGAAUGAAGUACCUGUCUGACAUGGGUUACGUGCACAGAGAUCUGGCCGCCAGGAACAUCCUGAUCAACAGCAACUUGGUCUGCAAAGUGUCAGACUUCGGCCUCUCCAGAGUCUUGGAGGAUGACCCCGAAGCAGCCUACACAACCAGGGGAGGGAAGAUCCCCAUUCGAUGGACAGCCCCUGAAGCGAUUGCCUUCCGCAAAUUCACAUCUGCCAGCGACGUCUGGAGCUACGGCAUUGUAAUGUGGGAGGUGAUGUCCUACGGCGAGAGGCCUUACUGGGAAAUGACAAACCAAGAUGUGAUUAAAGCUGUGGAGGAAGGCUAUCGCCUGCCAAGUCCCAUGGACUGCCCUGCUGCUCUCUACCAACUAAUGCUCGACUGCUGGCAGAAGGACCGCAACAGCAGGCCCAAGUUUGACGAAAUUGUCAGCAUCUUGGACAAGCUCAUCCGUAACCCGAGCAGCCUGAAGACGUUGGUUAAUGCAUCGAGCAGAGUGUCCAAUCUGUUGGCAGAGCACAGCCCAGUCGGGAGUGGCGCCUACAGGUCCGUGGGUGAGUGGCUGGAAGCCAUCAAAAUGGGGCGAUACACAGAGAUCUUCAUGGAGAACGGAUAUAGUUCAAUGGAUGCGGUGGCUCAGGUGACCCUAGAGGACGAAUCACCUUGUGAAAAGUGGAGCCUCACCCUCCACCCUCUCUUUCCAACUGGAUAUCAGACUUGAAGGGAACCUUUCCAGUGGACCAGACCUGCUCUUUAAACUUGUGGACCACCUAGUGACUUUGAGUGUGUCUGGAGCUCUUUCAAUCCACUGCAAGAAUAACUUUACCAGGACAAUAUUCAAGAAUAGAUAGAUCCAUGACAUGAGUUUCAGUCUGACCCAUGACUGGACCAAUUACUAACCAUGUGGACUACAUAUUUUCACCUUUUGAAAGAUCUGUACUCACUGAAUCUCAGGACACCCUGUUGUUUGUUAUUAGAUGAAGAGCUCUGAAUAUUUGUAAUAAUGUGUUGUGUUGCUUUGCAUUGUAUAUAUUUUUCUUCUAAAAUAAAAUAAAUUAUUUAUUAAAAGUUAUACUGGGUGAAGAACAUUUAAGAGUUCACCUGCUCUAGAUGCUUAUUCUUAACCUGAAAUCUCAGUCCUGGGAUUGUGAUGCUGUGUCUGCUUCUGAACAAAUUCUUAUCUUGUAAUCAAGCAGAAUGGGAAUUAUGAGUAAGAGCAGAUGAACUCUUAAAACAAAAAUUUUUAAGUCCUCAUUUCAUGCAAAUGUCCCUAGCAAGUGGAUUCCUCUCUCUUUAGCAUCGUCUGAAGGUCUUUGAGGUUCUUCUUGUUUCCCCUCAUUCAAACUGACGACUAACUAACUUCAUGAGUAGUCCCAGUCUGCAUGGGCAACUGUAGUUACACCACGUGCAGAAGAGUGGUGAGAUCUGCCCUGGAUGGGGGAUGAAAUACAAAUUAUCUGUGCUAGGCUGAGGGCUGCAGACCACGGGGAUCUUUCAGGACUGUGGCCCUUUGCUUGCAUGACUAAACCAGCUGGUGAGGGGGUUGUAUUUUAUGUGGCAAUCCAGUCUUAGUCUACACUGUGUUUGGCAAACUGGUCCAUGGUGUGUAAGUAGUUCUAUUUGUAAAUAAAAUGUUUUAAAUCUAUUUCUUACAACAUGGAGACUGUGAAUUCAACCCUUGCAAAUGGAGGCUGUUGCAGGGAAGGGGAUACCAUGUUGUCAUUGGCAUGCUGCAGCUGAGCUUCCGUGCAAGGUAGUGUUAAGAGAGCAGCUGGCAUGCAGCUGUGUACAGGCUGCUUGGGAGAAGCUGACACAAAUUUUCCCCUUCAUUUCCUUGGCUUUUUGGUCAACUUAGGUAAACCUUCUAAUACCUUGUUGACAAGUGAUUCAAAUUCUUGCCUGCUUUCAUUUUCAGCCCUACAUGAAUGAAAGAAAAUACAAACUUCCUCCCUAAAAUAAGAAUGAAAGUUGUCUCAUGGCUGAGGAGGCCAAGCAUAUUGAAGCAGGGAGACCACCCAGCACAUGGGUGCACAGAUCUCCACUGCAGAGGCACACACAGAACCCAACACCAGGGGUCAGGUCGCUUCCACAGCAAGGAGCAGCCUGGAUCCUGAUCGCAGGUGUUCUGUGCCCGCGGGUCUCAGUUGUGCCUUUUCCUGCAGGGAAUGCACAUUUUUAUUGUAAAGCCCCAGUGGAUGUCUGCACCCGUCUCCUCUCCAGAGCCUAGCCCAGUGAAAUUUCCACUUGGCUGCAGUAACAUGAGCCAGCCAGCUCUGGACUGGAGCUGAGACAGCUGUUUUUGCAGCCCUUUGGCACAGAAGUUGUUGGGGGUUUUUUGUCCCAAAAACAGCUGGUUUGUGCACCCAAUGCUGUUCAAAAUUGUCUUCUGCCUUACACUGCUUUAAGUCCUUCAGCACUGGGUGCAUGGGAGCAUGCAACGUGCUGUAAGUAAUGCUUGAAACAUUGGAAUUAAAGCUCCUACAUUCUCUAGGCAGUUUUUAGAGAGUUUUGUUGUUGUCUUUGCUAUGUGCAAGGUGGCUUUUGAAUAAAGCUGCUGAUUUUCUAUACUUAGCAGGUUCAGGAGCUGUGUCUUCUGGUUCAUCUUUGUUGAGGUGAAAGACAACACAGUAGUGUUUCUCCCCUCUCUGAGGAGUCCCCCAUGCUUUUGGCUGGUGGCUUCAUGUUUGGGAGGAUUUGAUAUUCAAAAAAAAAAAAAAAGACUGGAUCGCCUGGUGAGCAGUUAAUGUAUUGAAACCAGAAACUCUUUUUUCUUCUUUCUCUCUUGUAAAUCAGUGAGACGUUCCUCAAGGAUAUGGAGUUAAGGGGAUAUUAUAUGGGGGGAAAAAGGCUGUGUAGUAAACUGGGUGGGGGGUUUAUUGGGCUGAUGGGGCUGUGUGUAAAAGGCCAAGACAUGCAUGCUUUUCUCUGAGUUUCAGGCUGUUUUUUUCCGGCAUAACUUGCAAGAGUGUCAGAAAUUAUACAUCUGUGAAAUACAUGGUACUGGAUUUUCAAAAGAGCUCAGCUUGCACUUUAGAUACCUGGAAAAAAAAAGGCUGAUUUUUCAAAAAGUGCCAGCAGAGCAGGAUUCAGCAGGGGAAAGAUGGAUGUUGUCUCUUUUAAGAAUCAGGUCCUGUACUGUGUUGGUUUUGGGGGUUGGUUUGGGUCUUUUUGGUUGUUUUGGGGUUUUUUUUUUUUUUGAUCUCUGGUGUGAACUUCCAACUGUGCUGUGUACAUAAAAUAAAUUGCAUGUAACAAUAGCAUUACUCCAUUUUCCUUCAUUAUUAAGAUGGCUUGCUGAACUAGUUUCACAAUUCAGUGGAGGCAGAAAUGAAAGCAUGUCCCCUUGAGAAGGUAGACACCUUUUGCAGGUGCUGCAGCCUUUUCUCUGCCAGGUAAGAGCACUGCCGAUGUGUCUCAUUGACCUCCUUUGCUCUGUGCCCCUGAUGUUACAAUUUCCCUUUGCAUCAUCAAUAAGCAUUGCUGAAAAAAGGUACAAUAAUGAAAUUACGUGUUUAGCCUGAAGCAAAAAACCUGGU